CUGGAGUUCCUGCAGAGAUCGGAGGUUCCUGAUGGGAGGGUCCAUCCACGCAGGCCGCCGCCAAGUCCCGCCUCGCUCCCGCCGUGUCCUUCUGGGACAUGGAGGCUAUAAAAUGACGGCUGUGCGGAUCUGCGCGGCCACAGUUCCCGGUUCCAGCCCGCCGCUGUAGCCGCCUCGCUCGUCGUUUUCCGCCGCAGAUUGAGUUCCUUCACCGGGACUCCGGGCACCGGACAGCCAUGGCCGGGGAGGGCUCGGAGCAGCCCACGCUGCAGUAUGAGCAAACUCUGAUGUAUGGGCGUUACACCCAGGACCUUGGAGUGUACGCCAAAGAGGAAGCUGCUCGGCUGAGGGAGAGCGGCCAGAGGCGAUCCGUCAGUGGCCGAAGCCUCGACCUGCUCGAGUACAAGGGACGCUGUGCAAAGUGUCAGCGGUCAGGGUAUCCCUAUGUGCUGGAGGCUCCAGCCCAGGACUUUUUCUCGGUCUGCACGGUCCGCUGUCAGAAGUUCCUGAUCUCCCGGGUCGGGGAGGACUGGAUCUUUCUCAUCCUGUUGGGUCUCGUCAUGGCGCUGGUCAGUUGGGGUGUGGACUUCUGCAUCGCCAUCUGCCUCCAAGCACAGAAGUGGAUGUAUGGUGGUCUGGACAGCAACGUCUUCCUCCAGUAUCUGGCCUGGGUGACGUACCCUGUGGUCCUCAUCACCUUCUCUGCUGGUUUCACACAGAUUCUGGCCCCACAGGCUGUCGGUUCAGGUAUUCCGGAAAUGAAGACAAUCCUGAGAGGAGUGGUACUGAAGGAAUACCUGACCUUCAAGACGUUUGUGGCUAAAGUUAUCGGCCUCACCUGUGCGUUAGGUAGCGGCAUGCCCUUGGGCAAGGAGGGUCCCUUUGUGCACAUCGCCAGUUUGUGUGCUGCUCUGCUCAGCAAGUUCAUGUCUUUGUUUGGAGGGAUAUAUGAGAACGAGUCCAGGAACAUCGAGAUGCUGGCGGCCGCCUGUGCUGUGGGAGUCGGCUGCUGUUUUGCUGCCCCGAUCGGAGGUGUUCUGUUCAGCAUUGAAGUAACAUCCACCUUCUUCGCUGUGAGGAACUACUGGAGAGGCUUUUUUGCAGCCACAUUCAGCGCCUUCAUCUUUAGAGUCCUGGCUGUUUGGAACAGAGAUGAAGAGACCAUCACAGCGCUGUUUAAAACUCGUUUCCGCUUAGACUUUCCCUUUGACCUUCAGGAGCUUCCUGCUUUCGCUGUCAUUGGUAUUGCCAGUGGUUUCGGGGGGGCUUUGUUCGUCUACCUGAACCGGCUGAUUGUGCAGUUCAUCCGCAAACAGAAGACCAUCAACCGCUUCCUCAUGAAGAAACGUCUGCUAUAUCCAGCACUGGUCACUUUAAUCAUCUCAACUCUAACGUUUCCUCCUGGAUUUGGACAGUUUAUGGCUGGAAAGCUAACGCAGAAGGAGUCUCUGGUGACUCUACUGGACAACCGAACGUGGGCCAAACAGGGCAUAGCGGAGGAGUUUGACUACAUCGGGAACUCCCAAGCCUGGAAACACCCGCAGGUGAACGUCUUCGUCACCUUGGUCCUUUUCAUCGUCAUGAAGUUCUGGAUGUCUGCCCUGGCCACCACCAUCCCUGUGCCCUGUGGAGCCUUCAUGCCUGUUUUUGUCAUAGGAGCAGCCUUUGGUCGCCUUGUUGGAGAAAGCAUGGCAGCUUGGUUCCCAGAUGGCAUCAACACAGAUGGUACCAUUUACCCCAUAGUGCCCGGAGGCUACGCCGUCGUGGGUGCAGCAGCCUUGUCGGGAGCAGUCACUCACACCGUCUCCACCGCCGUCAUCGUGUUUGAGCUGACCGGCCAGAUCUCCCACAUCCUGCCGGUGAUGAUCGCCGUGAUCCUGGCGAACGCCGUGGCCCAGUCCCUGCAGCCCUCCCUGUACGACUCCAUCAUCAGGAUCAAGAAGCUGCCCUACCUCCCCGAGCUUGGCUGGGGUCACCACGAGAAGUAUAACAUUCGUGUGGAGGACAUCAUGGUGCGGGAUGUGCGAUACAUCACUCUGAACUGCACCUAUCGAGACCUUCACAACGUGCUGCAGUCAGGACACCUCAAGACUCUGGCUCUGGUGGAAAGUGCAGAGUCGAUGAUCCUGCUGGGCUCCAUUGAGCGUGCUCAGCUCCAGUCGCUGCUCUCCCAGCAGCUCGGUCGCGCCAGACGCCUGGAGUACAUCAGGGAGCAAUCUGCUGCCGAGAAGAAGCGCCUGUCAGAGGUGUCGCACACGGGCAGCGAGGAGGAGUGCCAGCGGGUCAGUCAGGAGGUCCGCUUCCAGAUUUCCACAGAAGAGUCUUCCUUCAGUCCAACUCGUCCAACGCCUGUGAAGCCCCUGAAGCCGGCUCUGAAGAGAGCCAGUGUGGCUGAGAGACCCACCGAACUCCCCACGAGUCCUCAUGAAAACUCCGGCAUCGCGCUCAAGAGCCUCUUCUGUGGCGUUCCAGACGCAGACGCCCUGGAGAAAAACAACAACAAUGAGGAGAGCCCCCCGUCUCCUGAGCACAGGAGGCCGUCCAAACGAGUCCGGAUCUCCGUCGUGGAGCCAGACCUGAAGAAUUUCCCUAUGGAUGACGGAGACGUGGAGGACGACAUGACUCUCAGGGAGAUCACAGAGUGGGAGGAGAAGCAGCUUGAUGAGCAGGUUAACUUCAACAACUGCAAGAUUGACCCCGCCCCCUUCCAGCUGGUGGAGCGCACGUCGCUGCACAAGACUCACACCAUCUUCUCCCUGCUGGGUCUCGACCACGCCUACGUCACCAGCAUCGGGCGGCUCAUCGGCGCCGUCUCCCUCAAAGAGCUCCGUAAAGCCAUCGAGGGCUCGGUCACGGUGAAGGGCGUGAAGGUACGGCCUCCUCUGGCCAGCUUCAGGGACAGCGGCACCAGCAGCAGUGAGAACGAGGCCACGGAGCUCCACAAGCUGUGGGACCGCAACAAGAGCAUGUCGCUGCCGCGAGAACAAACCCCGUCAGAGUCCGACGAGAAGUCACAGUGAGGGGCGGUGGAAGAGGAGCGGGUGGAGGACACGCAGGAGGUGGCCUUUCAUCUCCAAAGCCACGCCACCCAAAAAUCCUCAGGGCUUAAGGAUCGAUAUUUAAUCGUGGAGAUGGUUUCCUCUCCUCAUCUGCUCCUCCUCCAGCACCUCCUUGUUCGGGAGUCUUGCACUGACCCAGCCCCACACUCCCUAGGAUGAGGGGGCCGCGUUGCCCCGCCCACCCUGCUCUCCGUUUACCUUUGGGUCCAAAGCUGGGAUUUUGGGGGAUAAUUUUAAAAAGGGAUUUUUUUUUGUCAAUUUUUUUUUUGUUUUCUUAGGGACGUGAUCAAACUUUGGAUCUGCAAAAAUUCUCUUUUGACUGAGUCUUCCACUUAAGCAAUGAAAUUCAGAGGUUUUGACAAGGAAGAACACUGUAAUUUAUGAAUGUGUGAAUGUGAAUGUGGAUGAAGACAGGAGCGUGACGUCAUAGGAGUUUGUUUCACUGGCUUUAGGAUUUCAUUUCAGCUUUUGUUUGAUCAGGUGCUCCACUAAAAAUGGUCUCCAGCUAAAAAUCAUGAAGGUGACUGGAGGCUUUUGCGCACAUGUUCAUCCUUCUCUCUGCAAGUCUUCAUGUUCAGGUUAAAGAUUCUAACCUAUGCAAGCUGUAGGCUCUCGCCUCCAUUUCAAACCACUGCAGCCUUUUCUACGAGGCGGAGGCACACAAACCGCCUGCAGUGAUGCACUCCAAAAGAGGAGGUUUUCUCCUCAUCUAAACAUAGCUCUUAAUCAGCAGUCCAGACAAGGUUGAGGCGGAUGGUGGAGGGGAGGGGGGGGCAGGAAGGAAGCAGAAAGAGCAAAGGAGUAAAUGGAUGGGUGAAAGAAUGGAGAUGUCAUUACCUAACCAGCUGCUCUGGGUUCUCUCAGGCGUCAGCCUUUGAUCUCACGUUCAUUAGUGUGUCGCAGCCAAACAGAUGCAGCUCCGCUGACAUCGGGAGCUAAACCUGUGAGCAGAUCAGUGAAGGGAUGCUCAGGAAAUCAAUCAUGGAGAUCCAUAAUCCAGCGCUGAUUGGACUGUGUGUAGAUGUGGUUUCUUAUAGGAUAAUUUACGCAUAAUAAUAAUAGGAAAUGUGACAGAUUUGCAUGGAUAAAUCACUGCAGCAUCAGCAGUUCCUCUGGUCCUGGAGGCUUUAACAUCCAUGCAGAUUCUGUUUCCUGACGUGACCAAUAACACGGCAUAGUUGGCGUUUAAUAAUUCAUGUCUCCCAUAAUGCUCCACGCGCUCUGUUCAUUGACAGAAAAGCAUUGAUCUGUUUUCCUUCCUCCUUUCUUUAUUUCUUUUCCCCUCAUUUAACAAACUUAAUUCAGAAACAAACAUUGCAUAAAUGUCCUCUAACAGACCAGCAUUUCACUGUUGAUCAGCUCACUUCCACCUGACAACUCUCUAACAAAACAUAAAUAGAAAAUCAAUCGAUAUAUAUUUUUACAUAAUCUUGGCAGAGAUUUUAGUUUUUUGUUUUGUCCAAGGUGGUUCAGUGCAGAUUUUUAUCUUUUCUUUUACAAAUUGAGUCUAUCAAGGAAAGAAAUGCUGAUCAAUUUUUUUGUCUUACUUACUUUUAGUUUUUCAGGCCUGUGAAACAUUUUGAAGGUAGUCUUUAAAAAAAUGUUGUUUAAAGUGCACCUUGGUCCCCUUUAAUGCACAGAAUGUGUCCCUGGUGGGACAACUUUUGUUGUUUUUGAUGCAUUCCCGGCCCCUUCCUGCAGAACACUUCCAGUUCUGUGUGCAGAGCAUUCCAUUCUGGUAGGAAGGAUCUCGUUUUCCCAGUUAUGGCUGUAGAAAGAGCAGCAUGGCUUUGCAUGACGGUCUGCAUGGGGCCUUUGUUUUAUAAAGUGCGCCGAAACAGAAGUGAAGAGUGAACGCCGUCCACGCAGGUUGGCCAUCUUGUGCCUACAUUUCCAAACAGCUUUAUUCAUCGAGUUUGAACUGAGAUGAGGUUCAAAAUAAAGUACAUAUUAAUAUAUUUAAUAUCAUUCCAGGAAUCAUAAUUUAAUGUCUUAUCUUUAAUUAUGAAGUGCUCUCUUUCUGAAAGAGACUUGGGCUUUUUUUUGUAAAAUUUGUUAUUUAUGUCACAUCUGAUGAUUUAAACUUGAUUUUCAUGCUGUGUAUAAUUUUUAUGUGUAUAUUUAAUAUGCUGUCUAAAACAUUUCUACUAAUAUAAAUGUGUUUUUAAAAACAA